AUGAGCGAGGAAUUGGUGCCAAUGGUUAGUUUGUUUUUUAUUCGAAUUUCUUGUCAAAUUUUAAGAUUUUCAGACAAUUGGUUGGUUCGACAUGCCCCUUGAGAUGCGAGAAAUGGUCAUGGAGCAAAUGGAAGUUAAGACAAAAGGAAAAUUUUUACGAUGCUCGAAGGAUUGUGUUGUUGAAGUUAAAAGAAUGAAGAAUUUUAUCCGCGAAAUUCGACUUAUUUUAUAUUCAACAGGUGGCAGAAUGGAAGUGAUUUUUAUCGAUGGUUCUGAAUUGUUUAUUAUCAUUGAAAAAUUUAACGAUAAGAUAAUACUAAAAUGUGGCAGGUAAUGAAGACAAAGCUCUAUAAAAUUUUUAUAGUAUCAAAUAUUUUUAGUUCAAAACUUGAGAUUCUCUCAAAAACAAUUGCUGCUAAGCGCAUCAGAAGUUGGACUGAUAAUACGAUUAAUCUCGAAAAUUUGCAAGUUAAAUUGGUGCGUCUAUUUUUCAUUUUUUGAAAAAUUCUAUAAUUUUUGAAAGUUCAAUUCAGAUCGACUUCCCAUUUGAUGGUUUCGACAUUGCUCAUCUCAAAAAGUUGAAAAAUAUCAAGAUAAUUAGUGAAAAAAGCUUUGAUAUGUUUUUUAAGACCGGAUUUAUGGAGAAAGAUCAGGUAGACAAGUUUUUGGAUUUGAAUUUCAAAACAAAAUUCGGUUUUUCAGUUUUGGUCGAUCGAAAAUAUCACUAUGGAGAAUGUCAAAUUGACAAUUGAGGAUUUAUGUGAUUUGAAAUCGUCUUCUAUCGAUCUGAAAAAUACAAAUGUGUCAGGAGAAAUGUUGAAUCAAUUUAUUAAAACAUGGAAACGCGGAAAUAUUGACAAGAAUUUCACCAAAAUGAAAAUCGGAAUGAAUGAGAAUAACAACAAGACAGAAUUGUCGAGUAUUAUUCUCAAAGAUGUUAAUGCAAUUGGUCAACACGAGAAACAUUAUUGCAUUUGGGCAAGAUUGAUGAACUCGAACAACGAAUGGGCCGAAAUUCAUAUUUCUUCUAACUCAUUCAUCAUGAUUUGCAAAACUUCCGCAGAAAAGUUUGAUUAUAAAGCAUUCGACAUUUUUGAUGAAAUGGAUAUAAUGGGCAUUUUCACCAUAGUUUCCAACUUCGAAUUAGAAAGAGAUCUCUAA